CUGCUUUCUUUAACACACGCCCCCACCUUCCUCCCCAAGCGAACAAAAAGAGAGGUUCCUCCUCAUCUCUCCCCCACCCACUUCUCCUCCUCAAAUCCUCUCCUCUAGCCCCUGCGCCUGCUUCUCCUCUACGGGUUGGGUUCCAAAUGCCGCCGCCGCAUCUCGAAGCGCGCGACUACAUCGGCCUGGGCGCCGCCGCAACCGCGCCGGCCGCGUCCUCCUCCUGCUCGUCAUCCGCCUCCGCUGGCGAGGCGGCGGGCCCGCACCUCGCGCUCCGCCUGGGGCUGCCCGGGUGCGAGUCCCCUGGCCGCGGCGCGGACCCCGCAGUCGACGCCGCGCUCACCCUCGGCCCCGCUCCGGCGACCAACAGGGCUGGCGGCGCUAAGCGCGGGUUCGCCGACUCGCUCGACAGGGGCGCUGCUGCCGCUUCCGCUGCUGCUGCUGCUGGGGGUGUGAGGGAGAAGGAGAAGGGGGUCGCUGAAGCCGCCGCCGGAGCUCCACCCGCUGCCAAGGCGCAAGUUGUUGGAUGGCCGCCUGUUCGGAACUACCGUAAGAACACGUUAGCCGCGAGUGCCACAAAGACCAAGGCAGAAGGUGAAGGUAGAAGUGAGGCAGAAUGCUGCUAUGUUAAGGUCAGCAUGGAUGGAGCCCCAUAUUUAAGGAAGGUCGACCUCAAGACUUAUUCGAGCUACGAGAAUCUUUCACUUGAGCUUGAGAAGAUGUUCACCUGCUUCAUCACUGGCAAAAGCAGUUCCUGCAAAACAUCUACAAGAGACAGGCUUACUGAUGGUUCUAGGGCUGAUGCUCUUCAGGACCAAGAGUACGUCCUUACCUAUGAAGACAAGGAUGCUGACUGGAUGCUCGUUGGUGAUCUUCCUUGGGACUUGUUUACCACUACUUGUCGGAAACUGAGAAUCAUGAGAGGCUCUGAUGCUGCAGGAAUGGCCCCGAGAUAGCUGGAACAGAAAGGUCAGACCCAAUAGGUGACCCAGCCUCCUGAACCACGAAAGUAUGGGCCGAGUAACUCGAAAGUGCUGCUGAAGGGUGUGAUGGUUUUUCUGAAGUAUCUCUGCUGCUAAGUUUAUCUACGUGUGUAGUGAAAUAUGUGUCAUGCCGUAGAACACCCAUUUUGCCGGCAAUGUUUGUCUCACCAUUGUAGAUGGUCCCUUUUGUUUAUGAGAGAUCAACUCAGGCAGCCUACUGCUUCCUGUAUGAUACUUUCCCCGAUUGUCUUACGUAUAUCCUUAAGUCGUAUUGUUGCAUAUGAAUCUAUCUUGUGUUGCACUGUUGUGCAUUGAAGCAAUGCUAAUCACUGGGAUGCUAUUAUGGUAA